GUACACACGCGCGCGCGCGAUGUGCACAAUCCGACCGGCAUCUUCCACGUGGUGCACAUUGGAUGUACGUUAGUGUCGGCGGUAAACGUCAUUUAAAAAGAAAUGUAAGGUUGACUUUGUAACUUGGUCAAAAAAGUGUAAAAAAAAUUGUUGAAAUUGUUGAAAUAAAAAAAAUUGUAUUUUUUCUACAUUGAUUUAUUUUAGCGUUAAGCAGCUAGAGUGGCUACAAUUCUUGCGUUGUUGUAGAUGAAAUUAUUAUCUCAGAAAACAUAAUAGUGUAACAAGUAUGAUACACUAUUGCCUAUAAGUGCAGAAAAUAGUCUACUAGCACAGGUAGCACAUCGUAUUUUUUGUUACCCAUGCAUCAAAGUAUAGUUCAUUAAAUGCCUUAAGCCUUUACGAAUUGACAGAUUAGCCUAUGUUGGGCUAGGUUCGCGAAGGCGCCUCGAAGGCGUGCAUCCUGUCGGGGUCGGUUCCUUGGAACCUCCUGGCCAUGGAGCACUCCGAGCGCUAUCGAUGGCGCUCGAAACUCAGCGGGGAGAGGCCCCAACAGCGCGGUCGUGCGGUAAAGCGAGCAGGCCCGACGACGAACCGUCGAGGUCUGGGCGAAGGGGCUGAUCCGUGCAACGGCCUCAGAGUCGUCGGGGCGAUCAGGCCGAUCCUCGCGGAAUGGCUGGAUCGCCGGCAUGGGGCGCCCACGUUUAGACUGAUGCUCACCGGACACGAGUGUUUGAGGGACUUCUCAUAUUUAUCUACCUGGUAACAGCAGCUCAAGGAAGCGACACGCCGUAUCAAGUGGAAAAAUUCGCCCAUUAUCCGGGGAUCUACUUUGAGAAAAUAGGAAGACUCCGACCAAUAGAAUCGCAAUGGAAACUAAUAAUUAAAAUAAACACCACGUCUUUAUCAGAAAGACUGACGCAAAUUGAAAAAUAUGUACAAAAAAUUGACAAUUUAUGUAGAAUCGUAGCGGUAAUGAAUAAGGCCAUAUGCGACAGCUUUAACGCAGCCAUAACAAAAGAAUACCAGAGGACAAAUCGACUGAUCCUGCGUAUAACUGACAUAUAUAAGACGCCAACAGUACAAAAACGGGGACUGAUCGACGGAGUAGGCUCAAUAGCCAAAUCGCUAUUCGGUACCAUGGACGCCGACGACAAAAAGGUAAUUGACGAGCAACUCGCAAUGCUACACGACGCACAACAGUCAACACAGCACGCAGUACAAAAUCAACUCAAAAUAAUGCAGGCAACUAUAGCAUACAUCGACGAGAUAGAAAAGACAGUACAACAUAACGAAUACCUCCUUGCGAACGCGACCAAAAACUUAAAGCUAGAACUACUAGAAAGCGAACGCGCAAACAACAUACAAUCGAAUUUUAUAAUUAUCAACACCGUACUGUCAGAGUUAACUCGCGAUGCGGAAGACGUCUUAGAUUACGUCACACUAUUAAAAAAGGGUAUGAUGCACCCCAGACUAACGCCUAUAGAUCAUAUUAUACAACUGCUUAAAGACGCGAACUCCCAACUCCCGGAAGGACUCUAUUUUCCGUUUAGAGCGAACCAGGAGGAAUGGCCAAUCAUUGAACAAUUCACAAUUGUAAGCGCAUACUGCGAUAGCGUAAAUAUAUACACAAUUUUGCGUUUUCCAUUAAUAUCAGCGUCGAAAUACGAAAUAUUAAAUGUAAUAGCAUUACCUGUGCCAGAACAUAAUAACACAUUCUCAAUAAUAGAUAUCAGUUAUCCUACCAUAGCGAUAAACGGGGAUCAGCACACGUACAUAACCUUGUCGCGUAUCGAUUUACAAAAUUGUAUAAAGAUAAAUAAAGAUUACCUAUGCGAGCGAAACUGUCCUGCGAAUAGGAUUAAUCCACACUCCGUGUGUGAAGUCAAAACGUUUCUAGAAACCGAUAGGUAUCACGAAAAUUGUAACAUUAAAAACAUAGCGUCUAACCAUAGUUUUUGGAUAGCCUUAAGCGACUCGCACUCAUAGCUAUAUUCCGUACAGGAAAAACAAACUGUAACAUUAUACUGUAAAGACGACGGACAGAUAAAGGAAGUUAUUAAAAAAACGGGUAAAAUAACAUUGAAGAAUAACUGCAAAUUAAUGACGGAAGACACAAUAAUAAAGCCGCAAUACAAUAUUUCUAUACUAGAGAACAAAACAAAGCUAAGCAUCAAUGCAGUCCAACCAAUAAAAUUAAAAAACAUUGUCCUACAUUCCUUAAAGUUAGAGGACUUAAACAAAAAAAUUAUCGAAAUGGACAAAAAAUUGAAUGAACAACCGAAUACAAUUUUUCAGUCACCGCACUUUAUCUAUCCAACGGCUACCAGCGGAAUAGUUAUUGUAAUAAUACUAGCAGUAAUAAUAAUUGUUGUUGUAAUAAAAAAGAAAAAACACA